AUGCCCGAGCUUGGUGGAAAGGGAGUCGGCCCCAUUGGCUUUGGCCUUUUGGGAUUGACCUGGCGACCAACGCCACCCUCCCAGGAGCAGGCCUUUGAGGCCAUGCACGCAGCGAUCAAGAAUGGAUGUACCUGUUGGAACGGUGGUGAAUUCUAUGGCCCACCUACUUACAACAGCCUCGUUCUCCUCGAGCAGUAUCAGGAGAGGUACCCUGAAGAUGCGGAUAAGAUCGUACUGAAUAUCAAAGGCGGAGUGAACCCACAAACCCACCAGACAGAUGCCUCACCGGAGAAUACGCGUAGGAGUCUGGAUGAUUGUAUUGCGCAGCUGAAAGGGCGCAAGAAGAUCGACAUGUUUGAAUUCGGCCGUCGUGAUCCGGCUGUCCCUAUGGAUGUGACGUUUGGGCUGAUCGAAAAGGAGUAUAUACAGACCGGGAAGAUCGGAGGCAUUGCACUUUCCGAGGUGCGGGCCGAGACCAUCCGUGAAGCCGUCAAACACACCAAGGUCGUCGCAGUAGAGGCUGAGCUCUCCCUAUUCACUACCGACAUCCUGGAGAAUGGCGUCGCAGACGCCUGCGCCCUGUAUGAAAUUCCAAUAAUCGCCUACUCCCCAAUUGGCAGAGGCAUGUUGACUGGUCAAUUCAAGAAAUUUGACGACCUCCCACAAGACUCCUUGUUGCUCUCGUUCAACUUCCCGCGCUUUCAGCGGGUGAAUUUCGAGAAAAAUGUGGAGGUAGAGACAGUAGAGAAGAUCGCGAAGAAGGGCUGUACCGCAGCUCAGUUGGCGAUCAAUUGGACAAGAGCACUCUCUAGACGUCCCGGGAUGCCAACUAUCAUUCCCAUUCCUGGUGCCACGACCGCGGAACGGGUGGAGGAGAACAGCAAGCUUAUCGAAAUCACGGAUGAGGAGAUGGCGGAAAUUGACGAUGUCUUGGCCAAGUUCACCCCAGCGGGUGGACGAUACCCGGAGAUCUUCCAGGUCAACACCUAG